UAUUUUGAUUUCCUUUGUUAUAUUUAGUUUUCUUUUAAGUAAUUUUUUAAAAAAUAAAUAAAAAUCCUUAAAAUUUCGAAAAUAGUUUAUAAAAAAAUUAGCAUUUUAGUUAAAUACUUCAAAAUUACAUGUAAUGUCACAGCCUACAACAAAAUUUGAUUCCAAAUCAGCGGAAAAUCCUCUUGAAGAUGAUGAAUUCUCAGAGUUGACCAAACAAGAAAUAUGUUACUGGUCCCACAAGCUUCAAAUAACACCAUCACAGUUGUUUUGCCUAACUAAAGAUGAACUGGAAGUGAUUAUUAAGAGUGCUCUUUGCAGCGAAAAAAAUAAAGAAGAGAGCCAAGAAUACUAUGAGCGUUGGGAGCAAUUAAGCAAUAUGAAAAGAAAAUUAAUGAAAAAGCAACAAAAGGAUCGUUUGAAAGGUGGUGGUGGACCCGAUUUAUUGGAUAUUUUGGCACGCGCUGCUAAGGAAAUCGAAUAUAUGUAUGGAUCGCGUUGCGGAAAUUUGGAAAAAUCUGGUGAAAUGACUUAUAACAGUUCAUUUGAUACCACCGACGAGUCACCGUUUUCCUAUAGUUUAUAUAGUGAUGAGGAAGCAGAGUAUGAAAGCACAGCGGAAGAUUAUUCCUUCAAUAUAGAUCAGAACCUGGCAUCUACACCAUAUAAUGCUUGCCCCAAACGCCAGCUACCCCUAAACAAUACUUAUAGUGCACCUAAUCCAGAAGCAACGUACAAUUGUCCGAAUUCAUCUUUUAAACUAUCGGAUGUCACACCUCCAGCUGGUAUGAGAAGUGGAAAAUAUUCGUCAUACAACCUGGCAGACAUUUCACCACCUUCCGGCAUGCAGUUGGAUAUCGAUAAUAUUUCUGGAGUUACACAAACCCCUUCAUUUCGCAACUAUACGGAUUAUUCUAUACAAUAUAGUCCAAUUGGCACUGAAGAGACGGCCAACAGUAUAUCGGUGGAAAAUUAUGAUGAAACGUCCGGAAAAGUAACAGCUUCUUCACGUACAUUUACUCUGCCGCCUGCCACUACACCAACCAGUGCCCUGGAGUUGUCUAAUAUUUCUCCUCCCACACUGGCAAGUGGAUGUGUACCACGUGCCACAAGAGGAGCAUCACUUGCCGAUGACCAUGACCUGUCAAAUAUUUCGCAGCCACAGCUAGCAUCCGGUUGCAUCAGACGUCAGGCAAGAAGUAACGAUAUAUCAAAUAUUAGUCCACCUGGAUUAGCAUCAGGUUGCAUUAGACGUCAGCCCAGAAGCCAAGAUCUAUCAAAUAUUUCUCCUCCUGCUUUAGCAUCUGGUUGCCUUAGAAGAAGAAACGAUUUAUCAAAUAUUUCACCACCUGCAUUAGCUUCUGGUUGUCGCCGAAAUGUCCGAAAUUCACCAUCAGCAUCGGAAAUUCGUAGACGUAAUUUAAAAGCAUCACAUUGUGAUUUAUCAAAUAUAACACAGCCCGCUUUGGCUUCCGGCUGUUAUAGACAAAGUUUGCAAAACACAAAUAGACAAUUACGUGAUGUUACAUGUGAUCGUUACCCUACUGAAUGUUCAUUUGAUAUAGAAAAUAUUUCGGGACCUCAAGCAAUGUCAACUGCCCAACGUUGCCCUAUGAUAUCAGCACAUAGGGCAAAGACCCCUUUAAGAAUAAAACCAAAUCGUCCCUAUCGACCACGCAGAAUUUGUGAAGAGGAAUAACAAAAUUUUAGAAAUUUUAAAUUUUAUUGUUAAUAAAUUUACAAAGUAUGACUAAAUUAGUAGUGUAGAUUUUAGUUAUUACGUUUUAUGUUCUCGUUUAUUUGUAUAAUAAAAUAGUUU